AGGCGGGACUUAUUCCGCCAUAUUGAGCGUUACACUUUCUGUCAUUCAAAACAAUACGAGUGACAUGUCUUGUUCUAGGAAAGAAUUAUACAUUCUUUCCUACAAAACAGUCAGUCUGUCAAACGUGGCAACAAUUAUUAAUCGUACUUACAGGUUGUGAUUCGGAGGAGGAAGGAGCUGGUCCAAUUAAACUGGGUACUGACCCAUCCUUUAAUAACAACCGGCCUGCGUAUCCCUCGUUGAACGCAUUUAGGUUGAAGAAGCAGAACACACAGCACAAGGUUCGGGUUUCAAGUUUUCCCUAGCGUCUGCGCGCGCAAUAAGUGGACGGGCAACAUGCUAAUGUGACGUCACAACGAAACGGCUUAAGGUUCAUUUUACAAACGACUCGUUUAUUUGAUUCAGAGUCGAGUUUUGAGUAGUCAUAAGUGGGUACGUCAUAAUGUCGGUUUUUAUCUCCUGAUUAUGACUUUUAAAGUUCUAAUUUCGACUUCAUAAGUCAUGAUUUCGGUUUAGUAAGUCAUAAUUUCAACAAAAAGUAAAAAAGUAAAAAAAAAAGUAAAAAAAAAAAAAAAAAAAAAGUUGGUGCACUACCCAAACGGAUGCUUGUCUUCGACUGAUGCGGUUCUGCGCAGACCGCGAUCUGCGUUUUACUGGAAGCAGUGCAUACCGCUGUUCAGAAACACAACGGAGAUUCAGCAGAACUGAAUAAUUUCCAGAGAUCAUCUACAUCAAUUUCUUCACAGCUCCACAACAACGUGCAGAACAUGUUAUUGCUCUUUCUACUGUUAUUGGUCAUGGACGGUGUGUCCGGUGCAGAAACAGAUGAGAAGAUGUCAGUGAUGGAGGGAGAUUCCCUCACUCUGCACACUGAUCUGACUGAAAUACAGAACGAUGAUACGAUACUGUGGAUGUUUGGACCUAAAGACUCUGUAAUAUCUCAAAUAACGAGAAAGAACGAUUUGACUUCAUUUUUUGUCACUGAUGAGACUGGAUUCAGAGGCAGAUUACAGGUGGACCAAAAAACUGGAUCUCUCACCAUCAGAAACACCAGAAUCAGACACUCGGGACAAUAUAAACUAUCCGUCUCUAGAGAAAAGACUACAAUCAAGCAAUUUAGUGUUACUGUUUUUGGUGCGGUCAAUGAGACGGAUGGAGUGAAGUCAGUGUCGGUGAUGGAGGGAAAGCCUGUCACUCUACACACUGAUACUGAAAUACACACAGAUGAUCUGAUCCUGUGGAGGUUUGGAGAUAAAGGCAUCCUCCUGGCUAAAAUUGAUGUGGAAACUAAAGAGACGUCAUUAAACGAUGCUGAUGAGAGAUUCAGAGAUCGACUGAAGCUGGAUCAGACUGGAUCUCUGACCAUCAAGAGCACCAAAUUCGAACACACUGGACUUUAUGAAGUACAAAUCAGAGGCCGUGAGAGCCCACGGCGAUUCCUUCUUUCUGUCAGUGCUGUUUCAGAUUUGACUUCAGGUACAAUAGCAGCGAUAGUUGCUGCUGUUCUGCUGGUGGCUACUGCAGUUUUAGCUGCCGUGGUGAUUUACUAUCGGCGAAAGAUCACUGAUCUGCAAAUGGAGAAGAAAGAUCCAGUGAAGGAGGGAGAAUCUACCAUUUUAAAAACUGAUGUUACUGAACUACAUGACGAUGAUGUGAUAGAGUGGUGGUAUGAAGAUGAAGAUGAAAACGAAAACAAUCUCCUUGCUAAAAUCGAUAAAAAAAAAAAAAAAAGGGGGCCAUUUUCUGGUGCUGAUGGGAGAUUCAGAAGUAGUCUGGUGCUGAAUGAACAGACUGGAGAUCUCAAGAUCACAGACAUCAGGACCAUUCACUCUGGACUCUAUAAACUAAAGAUCAACAGAGGCAAAAUAAUGAAACGCAAGACAAUUGCGGUUUCCGUGACUGUGAAGAAACUUUUAGCGAAUGUGGGAGAAGCUGUCCCUCUCAAGAAUGAUGCUAUUAUACAGAAAGAUGAUCUGAUACUGUGGACGUUUGGAGCUGAAAAGUGUCUCGUUGUUAAAGUUGAUUCAGGAAAGACUACUUUUAGUGAGAAAUACAAAGACAGAGUGGAUUAUCAGAAUGGAUCUCUGACCAUCAAAAAAAUGGAAACCCAAGACUUUGGACAGUAUAAACUACAGAUCGUCAACAGUGAACAGACCACAACCAGGAGAUUCAAUGUGACUGAUUCUACUGGAAAUACUAAGACAUCAACGAAUACCAACGAUGAAUCAAAGCCUUUGAUAAGUAGAGAGGAUGGGCAGGAAGGAAUAAGUUCAGUUUGAUGAGAUAAGUCAUGCCCACCAGAGUCAUUCACUGAGAUUUGAAAAAAAAAGAAAAAAGAAGAAGAUAUUUAGCUUUUGUUUUAUAUAUCUGGGUUUUUCCAAGAUUGUGGGAAAUGUUGAGAGGGGUGAAUUAAAAUAAGAAAUAUCUUGAUUUUUAGUUCCUUUAGCUUGUCUUAAAGCUUGUUUUGUCUUACUUUUAGUCAUUUAGGUCAUCUUGAGCCAGGGGCGCCUGCAGGAUUUCUUCUUUUCUUUGUUUAACCCUCAUGCACUGUUUGAUUUCUGGGUACACUCAAUAUGGUCCGGGUCAAAUUGACCCUAAUUGGAUUCAGUACAAUUCCCCAAAAAUCACACUAUGAAAAAAAACAUACAAUCAGAUACAAAUAACUAAGUUUUAAUAUCAAUACAAUUAUCCAUUACAAAGACUAAAUAUCUGAAUUUAUGUUUUAUAAAAAUGUUUUAGCCCCUCCCCCCUCCUGUGGGACAUUUACUAUUAUACAUUUAUAACAAUAAUAUCUUAGUCUAAACCUAAAGUAAUCUAAACUAUAUAUCAUGUGAAAGAUUUACUCUAGUUUUCAUAAUUGGUGACUGAUUUUCAAAAGAAAUGACAGAGCAAUAGAUAAAUAGCGAUAGAUUCUUCAUUUGUGAUGUGGUGCCAAACUAUAACACGCUCUGAUUCUUUCCGUAUGUUUUUUGUUUGUGUUUUAGAGAUUGAACUCAAAUCAAAUAUUAACAUUACUGCUCAAAGGAUGUCUACUUAAUAAAUACUUUGAAAAGUAUGAAAAAGAUAUGGUUCAGAUCACCCAAACCAUAUAUGGGAAUCGAAGAGUCCUUAUAUGGUCACUGGUGGAGUCUGGAUGUCAUCUAGUGUCACAGUUUGGUACUGCGCACAAAAAAAAUCUUACUGAAAGUUAUUUUCUUGAGAUAUCAACCUAAAAUUUGACACAGAACUUGUUCAGAUAUUUAAGUUUGAUUUUCUUGAAGUUUUGAACAUGUUGAACAUGUUUUGCAAAAUAUUUAUUUUAUAUAAAAUAUAAAAAUAUAUAUUUUACAUAUUUUAAAUUUUCAUAAAAAACUUCUAUAACUUUUUUUUUUUUAAACUUUACUUUUACAGCUUUUUUUUUACUUCUACAAUAAUCUGUGAAGUGUUCCCUUUAAAAAAGUGCCAAACUUUAGUCUGUGCUGUGAAGUAUUCAAGAUUUUUAACAAUUUAAGUUGGAGAAGUCAUUUUCAUGUCUUUGCUCAAAAAGUGGGACAUUUAACAGGUAAAACUACUUCUUAUUUUCACAAACUUUGAAAAUAAGAAGUGUUUUGUAUUUUAGGUCUGUACAGUUGAUUUUGAAUGGCUGUCUAUAUGGGUCAAACUGACCCACGAACAGUAUGAAUGUAUAAAAUUUCUGUAUGCACAUUUCACAACACAUCAGCGUGUGGAAACUUUACAUGCAUGUUCAUGACCCUAAAUGAGAAAAAGUCACAAAAUUAAAAAAAAACAAAAAACAACAACCAAAAAAACAUAGUUUAACUGAUGUUUCCCGACAACUCAAAAAUCGCAACAGUACAUAAGGGUUAACAACACUUAAAAUUUCAAUUCAAUAUAUUUUAAUGUUACGAAUUUUCUUGACUAUGUAAAUAUUGUAUGUAAAAAAAAAAAAACAGUGCUGGAUGAAGUGGAUAUUCACAAUUGAAAAAAAAAAAACUUAAAAGAGUUUCCAUUAACCAAUGAUAUGUGACUGAAACAUAACUUUUUCCUCUAGCAAUGUCUUACCCAUGCUGUUCAGAACUGUGCUCAUCGAUGUGACAACUGGUCUCUGGCCAAGUAUUAUGUCCAUUAGGUUAAAAUACUUCAAUUAUUAGGGCUGGGACAAUACAUCGAUGCAUCGCAAAUUGAGAAAUGAUUCUGGAUCGAUUCUGAUGUUUUCUGUAUGUAUCGUGAUUCUCUCUCGAAUUGAUUCUGAGCUUAGUUUUCAACAGCAGAUGGCGCUGGGUGCUUUAGAAACAGCCAUACUCUGCUUCCUUCCAAUUCCUUACACACAACACUUGAACCUUCUGUAAAAUAAUCAUUCAUAAAGUUUGAAAAGGAUGAAGUGAAUUACAAGUGUGUUCGCAGUGGGCCGUUUACAUUAAUCUCAUGUCAUAAAAGCAUUCUGAAGUGCAAAUACAUUGUCAGACUCAGUCGAACGCAUGAGCACUCUUCUUCGUGAGCAUUUGAGCGGGCAGUUAAAAACUAGCCUAGAGCGCCAUCUGCUGUUAAAAAUUGGUGGAGCAUGUUUGUAUUUUGGGUCUGAUGUUCCUGUUUAUUCAUGUGGAGUUUUGUCAUUAAAUGUGCAUGCAAGUGGAUUCUCUCUCUGCCUCGUCUCUGUAGAGUUUCCUGAAAAACCACCUCAUAUGAGCGUAAAACCUUUUUUGUGAGUUUUUGCGAGAUUGACAUGUUUCCAUUAACCAUAUUUUCAGUUUGUGCAAUUUGAAGUGUAAUGGAAACGCAGCUACUGAAAGCUCACUCCAUGUCUCCUGAUAAUGUUUCCCAGUGGAAGUGUACAUUACAGUACUUGGUACAACAACUAAGCUUUUCAAUGCAUGUUUGUGAUAAUUUAUGAAAGUUUGCUUGCCUUUUAAUCAAUGUGUGUAAUCACGUUUGCAUAUACUGUGUAAUAUGGGUGGGGUGUGUGUGUUUGUCUUGCUGUAAUAACACUUGUUGCAGUUGUGCUAAGAUUAUUUAAUAAACUGCUCAUUUUGUCAUCA